CUAACACUAAUUGCUGAUAUAUUGUGUUGAUAAUCAACAAUGGACAUGUAUAAAAAUUGAUAAUUGAUAUAUAAAUAAUUGUCUUAUAAAUGAUAAGAAAAAUAGUUUAUGUAAAUUAUUAUCAUAAUAUUGAGAAAAAGAGAGAGACAUAAUUUUAUAAGUUAAACCAAGUUGGUCUAGGUGGUGACUGCUUGAGGUUAUGGUUAAAUUCAGUGUUUAUACAAUUAAUAUUAUCAACAAAGAUAUUUUUUAACAACUAAUAUUUAUCAUAAUAAGAUUGCCAUUGUAUAAAUAAUAUAAUGAUACAGUUUAACAAUAAAACUUGUUGAUUUAUAGAGAUAUUUGUUUUGUGUUGACAUAUUGACACUGGAGAUAAACAACAACACAAUACAAUAAAUAUUAUCAAUGAAUGAACAUUAUGCUCACUGGAAUGGUAUGUCAUUUACUACCAAAUUCAAUAGACUUGUAUGGCGUAUUACAAUGUCUCGAUUAUGGAUGAAAUAUUUAUUAAUAAUUUCACUAUUAUUAUGUGGUUUUUAUUUAUAUAAAAUUAUAAAUGCAAGAGAGGCUGAAUUAAAAUUAUCCAAAGAAACAUUAAGUAUACCAAAUGUAUUUGUUGAUGGUAUACAUCAAGCCAAAGAUCAACUUGUCAAUAGUCAAUAUCAUAAAAAAUGUGAUGUCGUUCAUAUUGCCAUGGUAUGUGCUGGUUACAAUUCAACACAAUCAUUGGUGACAGUUGUUAAAUCAAUAAUAUUUUAUAGAUCAAAACCUAUUCAUUUUCAUCUACUUGUCGAUGAAAUAUCACUGAGAACAUUAAAAACAUUAUUCGAUACCUGGAAUUUACCAGAAGUUAAAGUAUCACUACAUUCAGCUGAGAUAUGGAUACCAAAAGUAUCAUGGAUACCAAACAAGCAUUAUUCUGGUGUUUAUGGAUUAUUAAAAUUAAUAUUUCCGGAUCUAUUGAGCCAGGAUAAAGUAUUGGCACUUAACACAGACAUAACUGUUCUCGCUGAUAUAUCAUUACUCUGGGAUGAAUUUGAUAAUUUUAAAAAUAAUAAUAUGCUUGGAUUAGUAGAAAAUCAAAGCAAUUGGUAUAUUAAAAAAUUAUCAUAUGGACAAUUAAUUUGGCCAGCAAUUGGACGUGGAUUUAAUACUGGUGUUAUGUUGAUGAAUCUCAAAAAAUUGCGAGAAUUUAAUUUUAAUAAAAUUUGGACACGAAUAACAAAACAAGUAUUAAUGGAAGUUCAUGAAACAGUAUUAGCUGAUCAAGAUAUUAUGAAUUCAGUUAUUAAAAAAUAUAGUGAUAUUGUUGUUACUUUGGAUUGUGUUUGGAAUGUACAAUUGAGUGAUCAUACACAAAGUGAAACUUGCUACAAAAAUUCAAAACAAAUUAAAAUACUACAUUGGAAUUCACCUCGUAAACAGGAAGUACAAAAUAAGCAUGCAAUUGAUUUUAAUAGAAUGCACAAAGUUUUUCUUGAAAUGGAUGGUAACUUGUUACGACGACAAUUAUUUCAAUGUUCUGAAAUUAAAGUUGACAACAAUACAAAUAAAUUUGAUGAUUGUACGAAAUUUACAAUGGGCUCAUCGAUUGUUUAUCGAACUCAUUUAUAUUUUUUUGAAUAUCAAUACAAUCUUUAUACAAAAUCUGAUGUUGCCUUGGUGACUCAAUGCAGUGCUGAUAGAAUCACUUUGUCGGAUGAAUUUUGUCAAAGAUGGCCAGGCACAAUAAGCAUCACUUUGUAUUUAACUGAUGCUGAAGUACAAUAUUUUAUUGACUACAUACGUUCAUCAGAUAAUUUACGUAAACGUAAAAACAUUGCAUAUCAUAUUGUUUAUAAAGAUGGGGAAUUUUAUCCAAUUAAUUAUUUGAGAAAUAUUGGUACAUCUGAAUUAUCAACGUCAUUUAUAUUUCAAGUUGAUGUUGUUUUUUUACUUCAACAUAAUCUUUAUGAAAAUUUAAUAUCAUAUAUUAUUAAAUUGAAUUGUGCACGACAAGCUGGAAUUACAUGGGGAAUAAUAUUUGGAGCAUUGAUACCAAUUUUAAUGAUAAUUGUUUGUGUGGCUUAUCGAAGCUUAGAGAGUCGUAGAAAAGAACGUGAACGAGAAGAAGUACAAAUGAGAUCGCGAAGUGCUGAUUUUCAACGGAUGCGAAAAAUAGAUGAAGAUAUUGAUGAAGACUCAUCCACACUUACUGGAAAAGCUACUGUCAUUGAAUAA